UUAUUAUUAUACACAUAACAGCAUGUGAUGAGGAUUGAUUUUUAACAGCAUUUUUGUGUGGUUGUUUUUGACGACCGCUGGUUCAGCUUUCACAAGGGCUGGAGGGGGAUUCAAUGCUAGUUAUAGCCGGCUAGCUCCGGUGUAGGUCAGUCAUAGGUCGGUUUAACAUUGUAAAAUCGUGUUUUAUUAAAUUUAGACAUUUGUACGGUAACACUUUCACACGUAAGUUAGACACCCGACACGAUGAAACCUGUUUGAGUUUAUAAUUAAGUUGGGUAAAUCAGUAAAACUGAAUUUUAAUCAUUAAACAUGCUGUUUAGUGCUUAAUUAUGCUUUACUGAUUUAUUUAAUUUAGACAAAACCUCAUUAAAUUUAAACAUUAAUUUUAAAAUUGACCCUUAUAAAUACUUAAACACGACGUAUUUUGCUUUGAGCUCCAAGAGCUCCGUUACAAAGCUUUUGUUCAUAAAAUCGAUUAAAAUCCACAAGUUUUUUGUUUUUUUCCCCUGAGCAUUUAAAUGGUUUUAAAGCUCGAUUCUAUUCAGGCAAGGUCUGAUUAUCCACUGUUUCUGAACAUUUCGGGGUGGUAAAAAUGCCCUUCAUCCAGGGUCUAUUUUAAAGCUGGAUUUUGCUGGCUCACACGCCGCCAUUACACAUUCAGCGCAGCGGCGACGCCUCGCCCUGGAAAAAGCCUCGUGCCAUUUUGUGACUAAUUCAGUCGGCUCACGCAUUUGCUAAACUACAUCAGAUGAUGACUAGCCUCCCAUAUUCAACCAUUUUAAUACAGUCGCUGUGAAUAAAAUGGGGGGCGACCCAGAAUGUGUCCGUGGCGGAAGCGGAGACCCGCGCCCUGUUGGUUUGGAGGCAGACUCUGGUGCUGCAUGCUGUAGCAGUCACUCAUGAUGAUCCCUGGCUGUGUUUCCCCCUCUCGACGGAGACCGAAAGCAGAUCCCGAUCCGUGGUCAGCUGGUCCGUCUACAGGCAGCUGCCUGCGUAUCGCCCAAAACGCUCCUUCCUCCUCCUGUAGUACCUCCCAGUAUCCACUCGUCCGCCGAAAAAAUACUCCAUUUUCGAGCUAGUACACGAAGCGCUCGCCUCGAAAAGCGCGCAGAGCGCAGGAGAAGCCGUUUCAAGUCUUAGUUCAGUAGACAAAAUGGAAGAUUAGACGGAUUGGCUGCUCUUGCUGGUGUCGACUGCAGAGUUAUUUGAGAUUUGAAACCGUCACAAGCAAUGGGCUCUGUCUCACGAUGGAGCGUAAACGCUUAGGGGCGGUGUAAUGAACAUCAACCAUUAUGUGUCGGGCUGGAUUUUAAUUCCACACUUUAGACAACAGUUCCUGUUUUCGAAAUAUUCAUGAGUAGCUUUGUAGGUGUUUAAUAGACGAAACUCAUGCCAGGAAAAAACAAUCCCCAUGUGAAUAUGAUGCAUUCUUUUUGUUUUGAAUAAUUUGAUGCCAAAUUAAUAGUUGAAAGCUAUAUAUGGUGUCAAAGCCAUAGUGAUUCAAGACAAUGAAUGGAGAAAUGGACUCCGCUGCUAAAGAGAUCGUUUGGGAGCAGGAAGACCUUUUGAAGCUGUUGGAUGCCAUGAAGACGAACCUGCCAGAUAAAGAUCUGUCCAAGUACAAGACGUCCGAGUCCCAUUUGGACUGGGAGAAAAUUGCUUUCAACACAUACUCUGCAGAGAUGUGCAAACAGAAAUGGCUGGAAGUUUCACGUGAGAUACGCAAGUUCCGCACCCUUUCUGAGCUGAUCGUGGAUGCCCAGGACUACGUCAAAAAUCCAUACAAAGGAAAGAAGCUGAAGAAACACCCAGACUUCCCCAAAAAGCCGUUGACACCAUAUUUCCGUUUCUUUAUGGAGAAGCGUGCCAAGUAUGCUAAACUACAUCCAGAGAUGAGCAACCUAGAUCUCACAAAGAUCCUGUCCAAAAAAUACAAGGAGCUCCCAGAGCGUAAAAAAGAGAAAUACGUGAAAGACUUUCUCAGAGAAAAGGAGUCUUUCAUGCUCAGCAUGAUGAAGUUCAGGCAGGAUCAUCCCGACCUUCUAGAGAACGUUGGCAAGAAGUCCAAUGUUCCAGAGAAGCCCAAGACACCCCAGCAACUGUGGUAUAGCCAUGAGAAGAAGGCUUUUCUCAAAGCACACCCAGAUGCAACCACCAAAGACAUCAAGGAUAGUCUUGGAAAGCAAUGGCCACAGCUGUCAGACAAGAAGAGGAUGAAGUGGAUCACAAAGUCUCUGGAGCAGCAUAAACUGUAUGAGGAGACGAUGCGUGAGUUUAUCCAGCAGCACCCAGAGUUGAACAUCACGGAGGAGGACAUCGUCAAAUCCACUCUGACCAAAGCAGAGAGACAGCUCAAGGACAAGUUUGAUGGGCGGCCCGACAAACCGCCUUCUAAUGGUUACUCAAUGUUCUGUGCUGAGCUGAUGUCCAGUAUGAAAGACGUUCCCAGUACGGCGCGUAUGGUCAUGUGCAGCCAGCGCUGGAAACUCCUCAAACAGAAUGAGAAAGAUGCUUACCAAAAGCGCUGUGAACAGAAAAAGAAAGAAUAUGAAGUUGAGAUGAAUCGCUACUUAUUAACUAUCUCAGAGGAGGAGCAGCAGAGAAUAAUGUCAGAACAGAAGAUGGGCAACUUUAAAAGGGGAGGUGGUGGUGGCAGCCCCGCUUCCAAAAAGAACCCCAAAGCAAAGUCUGCAGAGAAGCCCAAGCCCCCUGUGUCUGCAAUGUUCAUUUUCUCUGAAGAGAAGCGCCCAAAACUUCAACAGGAAAGGCCUGAACUUUCUGACAUGGAGCUUACCAGACUACUAGCCCGCAUGUGGAACGAGCUUUCUGACAAGAAGAAGGAGAAGUAUAAAACUCUAGAGAUGACUCUGAAGGCAGACUCUGAGAAGCAGAGCAAAGAGGACAAAGGGAAACUACCAGAAACACCCAAAACAGCUCAGGAUAUCUGGCAACAGAGCGUCAUUGGAGACUAUCUCGCCCGAUUCAAGAAUGAUCGGGCGAAAGCUCAGAAAGCCAUGGAGGCCACCUGGAACACCAUGGAGAAAAAAGAAAAGAUCAUGUGGAUCAAAAAGGCUGCAGAGGACCAGAAGAGAUAUGAAAGAGAGCUGAGUGAGAUGCGAUCACCUGCCCCAGUCUUCGUUCUUGGGAAAAAAAUGAAAUUUGAUGGGGAACCUAAGAAACCGCCCUCGAACGGUUAUCAGAAGUUCUCUCAAGAGAUGCUGUCAAACGGUGAGCUGAACCAUCUGCCCAUGAAAGAGCGCAUGGGUGAAAUCGGAGGCCGUUGGCAGCGACUCCCUCAGAAAGAGAAGGACCGUUACAAAAGAAUGGCGGAGGAAAAACAGAGGCAGUACAAAGUGCAUCUCGAGCAGUGGCUUGCGAGUUUAUCAUCACAAGAGAGAGCUGUGUAUAAAGAAUAUAACGCUCCGAAACGGAAGAGCACAACAAAACCUGGUGGCCCGAAAGCUAAAGUGAAACCCAAGGCCAAAGGAUCGGACGAUGAAGAGGAUGAUGACGACGAUGAUGACAAUGACGACGAUGAUGAUGAUGAAGAGAAGGAAUCUGAUGACGGAUCAUCCUCUGAUGACGACAGUGAUGAUGAUGAUGACGACGACGAAGAUAAUGAGGAAAUAGAGGAUGAAGAAGAGGUGGAGGAUAAGGAGAAUAAAUCAGAGAGCAGUAGCAGUGGUUCCAGCUCUGAAUCAUCGGGAUCGGACUCGGACUGAACCAGAGCCGAGUCAGGCUGAGCCCACAGACUGCCAGAAACGCUGUGAACUGAGCCAUGAGCCGGGGGUCUGAGCCUGCUCUGCACUGCGCUCUUCCCACCACAGGAGGGGGCUCACCCCGCUGUCACACAUCUGCGCCACCUCAUACGGUCUUUUUCUCCGCUUCUGUUCUGUUCUGUUCUCCCCUGCACUUUUGGUUUUAUUCGUUCCUCCCUCUAUGAUUUUUCUUGGCAGAUUUUAAGGCAUUUUAGGCACCGCACACAAUGAUGUAUAGUCUAAAUUCCUCCCAACACCGCUGGUCACAGAAAAAGGGGUUUAGUGCUCUGCUAUUGGCUUGUAGUUGUCAUGAGGUGUUAUUAGGAUGCCCCGUGUUUAUACUUUAAAGGUAAGAAGACAUAGAGAGUACCAGGUGCCAUUUUUUUCUGUAAAUGAGCCAAAGAGUCUCUUAGUUUUGCAGAUUAUUUUGGGAGGUACAGGGGACCAAAUAAUUGCACUCUGAAGAAUGUCUGCUUUUUUUCCCCUCUGUCUGUACCUCUCCUGUUCUUCCUAGUAGCAUUGUCCUGCUCCUUCCAUUUUUGCUUUGGUGUUUGUUUUCGCUUCUUCGGUUCAAAACAAAUGUGGUAUUUUCAGGAACAAUGAAGCCAUUUUGAAUGUUGACGAAUGGACCCCGCUGGUCUGGCACUCGGUGCUCGUUCACGAGGCGUUGAUGCGCUGCCCUUACCUGCACCUGAUGUGGGGUUAAAGGUGAAAAUGGACUAUUUAUUUUUGUCCUGUCCUAUAGAAAUGCUGCCCGUUGCGGUUUAGCGAUAUGGUUGUGACAAAGCCACAGCAAACGGGUUUGAGUUCGCUGUUCAUACAGAUGAUUUAAAAAAAACUGAUGUUACAUAAUGAGGACUAGUUUAUCAGUUAAUUGUUCUGCAGCACAAGCAAAAGUUUUUUUUUUUUUUUUUUUUUUUCUUUCAGAAAAUUGCUUUUGUUUUUUCGCAGAUUGGGCACCAAUAUGUUUCUUGUCAUUUGUUAAUAAUGGUUACGUAUUGUUUGAAGCUGACUUUUGUUCCUCUUUCCAACCACUGUUUUAUUUGGUGCUCCAAAGAAUUUUUUUAUUUUUAAAACGUGAUUGUUUUAAAUAUGAUGGAUGUGAGUUGCCCCAAAAUUCAGUGCACUUAUGAUAUAAUAAGCCCAGUGUUCUUUCAGUAUUUCUCUUUCUUCAUUUCAUCCAUCAGCCCGUAAUGUUAACCACUUCACAGGUCUUUCAUGCACCAGCUCAAGGAAUGUAAUGGAGAUGUUUUAUUUAAGAGAGGGGUGUCAUUAUUUGUUGUGUUUAUGUGUAUAUAUAUGAAGUGUUUUGAGGGUGAGGGUAUAUUCUCUCAUUCCAAUGCCCUGGCCUAAAAUGGCAACUGAACUAAUUUGUAAGCCACAACACAGCUUUCUGCGCUGAGCUUCGACCUUUUACUCAGUAUUUUUUUUUAAUGCAACCCUCAAAUUGAUAGGGGCACUGUAAAUUAAUUUUUCCUUUAUCUAAACAUUGAACCCUGAGGAUUUGGAUAAAAAGACAAGCAAAUAAUUUUGAUUUGGUUGUGAUUGCUGUGAAAAAAAAAAAAAAACGUUUGCUGUACCAGACCUAUUCUAGUGCCCAAGGCCUGUAUCCUGCAUAAAGUUCUUGGCUCAGUUUGGAAAAUAAAAUGUGGUUAUAGAUGGUGGGCAAGGAUAAGAAACCCAGUGGACCUUUCAAGAUUUGUUGAUAUUUUAUAGGAUUUUGAGACUUGCAAAUAGACUUGGGUUGGGUUCAGUGCUGUUGUAACGUAUUUGUACAUAUAGCUUUCAUUUUUUUCCCUUUGUAAUGAGUGAACAUUAUUAUUUGUAUUUUCAGUUGGCUAAGCAAUAUACUGCUGUAGCCAACACAAGUUUGUCAAUUGGGGACAUGUUUUUAAUUUGGUAAGUUUUAGUUUUUUACCCCUCCCCAUGUUUGUUUAUUUGUAGAAAUGGCAAAAAGAGAAAAAGCUUAAAUUUGUACUACAGAUUUGAAACAUUUGGACGUUUUCUAUAGCAAGAGAUGUUAUAUCCCUGCAAUUUACAAUUUCAGCAAAUAAACCUCUUAAACACUUA